AAUCGGGAAAUAAAUAAAGGAAACUGUAAGCGCGUGUUCUCCACUAGAAACCUCCAAAGCGACGAGUGUAAAUCACGCUCUUUGAUGUGAGAGUGAAACUCACGAGGACUACUAAUCUAUUUCCUCCAAAUCAGAAGACUUUUCUCCAAAUCUUUCCCUUCUUCUUUUCUCUUUCAGCUUCAGACAAAUCCCAAAUCACGGAGAUUUCAAUUUCAGACAAGAGUACAAAGUCCCCUCUCAAGAAAAAAAAAAAUAACACACUCAGAUCUCCAGAUGGUGGAUUCUCCAAGAGCAUCGAGUUCAUCUUCUUCGUUACCCCCUCCAAGAUCGUACCUCAUCUUUAUGCGAAUCAUGAGCAAGAGAAGGACAUGGGUCUGUCUCUUCGUCGCCGUCUACGCCAUUCUCCUGUCUUCCUCAUGGAACUUCUUGAGAUCCGUGCUCACCUGGUACAAGCUCCAGUACACGUCGUCGCCGUCGCCGCCGUCUCGAAUACCGGCGGUUUACGCUUCCGUGGUGCUGGGAGCAGUGUUCGGGGCGAUGUCGAUGGUUGCGGCGGCGGCGGUGGCUGUUCCGGCGGUUAUGGUGAUAUGGAUAUCGGUGGUUGUGUUGCUCGCUUUCUUCAGGAAGUCGAGGAGAGACUUGGUUGUUGAGGCUCGGAAGAUUACGAGAGAGGUGUUUGGGUUUGUGUUUAAGGUUCUUUUGAAAGAGGGCAAUGCUGUUGCUGCGGUUUGUGCUGUUUUGGGUUAUUUUCUUCUUAUUAGAAAGGAUUUUGAUUCUGUUUAAGUGUUUAUUUAGAAGGUUUUUUUUCUUGGAAUCUGACGAUUUUUAUGAUGAAACUUUGGUUCCCAUUUUGUUUCUUGUUUAACCUUUUGUUAAUGAAGUAAUUAGCAAUGUAUAUGUACAUUUUGUGACCAUAUAACAGGAGAUGUUCAUGAAAUCAUUAUUUUCUUGAAA